GAUGACUCGUUGGCCCCGCCCCUAAGUGACGCAUGCGUGGAGGAUAUGCUCCUCGCAGCAAAGUCCUCCUUUACUCCACACACGCUUCUAAGCCUCGGCACAUCUACUAACUACACUUUAUUCAUCCUCCGUGUCAGCAUCAACUCCACUCGUCUCACUCAACUUUGGACAUUAUUAGGCCCGCUUAGAUUGCUCCUUGUUUGAGCGCGCUAGUUAGCUUAGCAUGCUAGUUAGCUUAGCUUGUUAGCCGCUAACAAAGAGACGCGGAUUUGAUCAACACAUCGCUUAGUUAAGAUCAAGUGUGAGUGUAAAGUGUUGUGAUUGUGUGGAAAUGUGUGAAAGAACCAUAGCAGAGUACGAGGAGGAACUUUGUCCAACUAAAGAGGAGAAGGAGCGACAACAUCAAAAACCUCAAGUUGUGUUACACAGAACAGAUGUCCAGCAGCCCCCUCACAUUAAAGAGGAAGAGGAGAAUCCACAGCCCCCCCACAUUAAAGAGGAAGAGGAGGAAGUGUGGAUGAGUCAGGAGGGAGAGUGUCCUGUAGGGCAGGAGGAGGCUGAUGUCAGCAAGUUUCCACUGACUGUUGUCUCUGUGAAGACUGAAGAGCAUGAAGACAAACCACCUGAGUCCUCACAGCUUCAUCACAGUCCAAAUGUCGAAGAACAUCUUUUUCGUGAGCAGGAAGAGGAACCACAGCCCCCCCACAUUAAAGAGGAAGUUGAGACGCCACAGACCCAUAAUGUUAAACUGACCCUUCACAAUAAAGGGCAAGCGGAGGACCCACUGAACUUACACAUCAAAAAUAAAGAGGAGGACCCACUGACCCCUCACAUUAAACAGGAAGAGGAGGACCCACUGAACCCUCACAUUAAAGAGGAAGAGGAGGACCAAGAUACGCCGCACAUUAAAGAGGAAGAGGAGGACCAAGAGCCGCCGCACAUUAAAGAGGAAGAGGAGGAAGAGGGCAUCAGUCAGCCUAAAUGGUUGGAGGAGUUCCCAGUGACUGGUGUCCCUGUGAAGAGUGAAGAUGAUGAGGUGAAAGGUGAAAGUGAGGAGAGGGGAGGGGGGGAGCCUCCAAGCAGCAGCUCAACACAACACAUGACAACAGAAGCUGAUGGAGACCACUGUGGAGGAUCACAAGCAGACAAGCUCUUAGCUCCACUAUCAGAUAGUGAGGACACAACGUCACACUCUCCUGACACUGAUGAUGAAGACUCUAAAGAUGAUAAGACAUGUCACACUGACAACACUCACUUCACAUCUUCUCACUCUCACAAAACAUUUAAAUACCAUUGUCGUCUGAAAGUACACAUGAGAACACACACUGGAGAAAAACCUUUUUCUUGUUCACUCUGUAGUAAAGGUUUUGCACAAAGUCACGAUUUGAAAAGACACAUGAGAACACACACUGGAGAAAAACCCUUUUCUUGUUCACUCUGUGGUAAAGGUUUUGGACUUAGUCACGAUUUGAAAAGACACAUGAGAACACACACUGGAGAAAAACCCUUUUCUUGUUCACUCUGUGGUAAAGGUUUUGGACUUAGUCGCAAUUUGAAAGGACACAUGAGAACACACACUGGUGAAAAACCUUUUUCUUGUUCAAUCUGUGGUAAAGGUUUUACAGAAAGUAAUCAUUUGAAAAGACACAUGAGAACACACACUGGAGAAAAACCUUUUUCCUGUUCGACCUGUGGUAAAGGUUUUACAAAUAGUACAGAUGUGAAAACACACAUGAGAACACACACUAGUGAAAAACCUUUUUCUUGUUCAAUCUGUGGUAAAGGUUUUACAGAAAGUCAGAAUGUGAAAGUACACAUGAGAACACACACUGGUGAAAAAACUUUUUCCUGUUCAAUCUGUGGUAAAGGUUUUACAAGAAGUACAUAUGCGAAAGUACACAUGAGAACACACACUGGUGAAAAACCUUUUUCUUGUUCAAUCUGUGGUAAAGGUUUUACAGAAAGUAAUAAUUUGAAAAGACACAUGAGAACACACACUGGAGAAAAACCUUUUUCCUGUUCGACCUGUGGUAAAGGUUUUACAAAUAGUACAGAUGUGAAAACACACAUGAGAACACACACUAGUGAAAAACCUUUUUCUUGUUCAAUCUGUGGUAAAGGUUUUACAGAAAGUCAGAAUGUGAAAGUACACAUGAGAACACACACUGGUGAAAAAACUUUUCCCUGUUCAAUCUGUGGUAAAGGUUUUACAAGAAGUCAACAUUUGAAAGUACACAUGAGAAUACACACUGGUGAAAAAGCUUUUUCCUGUUCAACCUGUGGUAAAGGUUUUACACAAAGUCAACAUUUGAAAGUACACAUGAGAACACACACUGGUGAAAAAUCUUUUUCCUGUUCAACCUGUGGUAAAGGUUUUACACAAAGUCAAAAUAUGAAAGUACACAUGAGAACACACACUGGUGAAAAAUCACAUUCCUGUUCAAUCUGCAACAGAAGCUUUUGUGACCGAUCAAACCUUUUAGCACACAUGAGAAGACACCCAGGAGAGAAAGUGUUGAGUUGCAGUGUGUGUGGUGAAAGAUUGUCUUCUAAGUACCAGUGUAAGAAACACAAGUGUGCUGGUGAGAACAGCAGCAGCAAAUGAAACUGCAGGAUUUGAAAUAAACUGUCCAGACUUUCAUUUUGACUUUCUAACAACAUCAGCACAUAUAACAUGUGUGACAUUGUUGUUUGUCCAACAAUCUUUUUAAUAUGCUUCUACAUUUAUAGAUUAGAUAGUUGGAAAUAUAAAAGUAUUACUUAUUUGUACUUGUAAUUGUUGAUAAUCCCAUAGAUUAUCACCUUUAUAUGAUAUACAUAUGUACUGGUUCACAUCUGAAACAUCUUCUGGACCACUUCAGGAAGCAUAUUAUUAUUUACUUUAUACAUCAUUUAAACAGUUGUCUUUUAUACAAUUUUAAAAUGUGUGACUUUAUGAAUCAUUUGUUGGGUCUCUGUAAUCCAUUUUAUUAAUCAUCUUUACUACUCUCUUUUGUAAUAUGAUGAUUGUGUUGUGAUUUUUUUAUACUUUAACUUAAUAUGUAUGUACUUGUACGUUUAUGCAAUAAAAAGUGAGAGAAAAUGG